UUUAUGCUUAUUUCAAUCCUCGUUAUAAAUGGUUAGGAUUUAAAAUGUUACUCACUAGAUAUCGAAAGUCGCUUAAAAACUGGUAUGUGCCAAAGAGAAUUGCCAACGCAUGCCUGUAUCUAUAUUGUGUUGUAAGGAUUUAAGAAAGAUCAGUUAAUGAGAAAAUUGUUUCUUAACAAAUGGACCCAAAAACAAGUUGUAAUGCACAGUGAUAUCAAUUUGGAAAUUAAAGGGAGAUAAUUGAAAACCAGUCCAAAAUCUUCAAAAGGAGGUCUUUAAAAUCUUCAAAGUGAGAGGAAAAUAAAAAUUCCAAAUAAGGGAAGUGAAUUGUAAACCAGUCCAAAAUCUUCAAAAUCUACCAAGUGAGAGAAAAAAAAUUCAAAUAAGGGGAGUGAAUUGUCAACCAUUCCAAAAUCUUCAAAAUCUACCAAGUGAGAGAAAAAAUAAAUAUUCCAAAUAAGGGGAGUGAAUUGUAAACCAGUCAGAAAUCGUGAAAGGGGGAUAACAGACAGGAGGUGAUAAUGGAUGUGGCACCUUGGAACCUGCUACAGAUAGCAUUCAUCGUUGUCUGGCCAGCAUGGACGUCCUUUACCAAGAUGCCCAAUGGCAUGUCCCUGUUGGCAGCCUACCUCUUCCUGUUGGUGCUGUGUAUCCCGCCCGUGUUCAUACUGUUGAAACUGGGCAACCAUCAACAGAAGGGGAUUGUGUCCCUCCUCUCUACACAUGUACCAAUACUGAAAGGUAUUGGUAUAACGUUACUCAUACAGCUGUUCCUUAUGUGCGUGUUUAUGGCCCCUCUUGUGACCCACUACGGAAUGUACGCUUUCAUCGCCAUAGCGAAAAACCCCUACGUGUGGACUAGCUGUGCUAAUGUAUGGAACACAGCCUCAUGUUUUCAAAAUCCAACGGAUUUGCUUGGUACAAUGUUAACCUCUGGGCAGAAGCAUAAUGUGCCACCAUCACUAAUUCCUGCAGAGUCAGAAUUCUUUGAUAAUGAGUACCUCCAGAUCUCUGGCAACAUUUCUGAUGUGCGUGGCUUUGCGGUAUGGGGUUUCUCGGACGAGGUGAACAAGGCGGGAGUGUCAGUGUUGCCCUUAGCAAUGGUUGGCGUGUGGGUGUUCAUCUUCCUAGGGCUUGCAUUUGGGGCACGGGUGUGCGGUUGGAUCCUGUUCAUCCUGGGCCCAGGUUUUCUGGCCCUGAUGUUCACCGUGCUGGGAUACGGCUACAGUCACCUGGAGUCUAAUGGGACGAACACAUUCCUGGGAGAAUUGUAUACCUUGGAUAUGACUCAGUUCCAUCAGCUGCAUGAUGAGAACACGCCUCUCAUUCAGGACUGGCUAGACGGGUUUUCCCUGGUGACACACUCUGUCCCUGUCUGGACAGCCAUACUGCCAACAAUGGGGAAAAUGACUGGUCAAGGGCGCCUCAGUAGAAAUAUAUCUUGGAUAUUUGUGAUCCUGGUAUUUGCUGCCACAUGUCAGCUACCCCAGCUCGCCAUGGCUCCCUACAUUGGCAAUCUACAACACAUUGUGCCCAGCUACAUGUACAACAUUAAAGGUCUGGAUGUGAUAUUCACGACCAUGCCAGCAGCGUUUUCCCACCUGGGCAUACCUUCUGUCUACGCUCUCUUAUUCUACCUGUCCAUAUUCCUUGCGGGUCUCAUGUUCUUGAUAGUUUCCAUGUUUACAAUACUGGACAACCUCGUGGACGGCCUCGUGGCGUGGAGUGAAACGUUUCAAGAAAGGCGGGCCUGUAUCAACUUCUGUGCAGCGUUUGCUCUUAUAUCCGUGGGCAUUGGGGCAUCUAUUCUUCAUACGACGCAGGCUGGGUUAUACUACAUCAUAGUGAUGGACCAGUGCGUACCAAAGCUGUUUUUCCUCACCGUGGCCCUGUAUGGACUCACCCUUAUCAUCAUUUAUGCAAAGCAGAACUUUGGCAUCGCAGAGCGGGUUGUGAUGUCGGUGUGGUGUGGAGUGUCUACGCUCAUUACAGCCGCCAUAUUCUUGUACCAGUUUAUUACUGAGUUGGAAGACAUUCCCCGCUACCACGAGAUGGAGAUCAAAGGCCUGUGGGACUUGGUGUGUUGGAUAUUCGCCAGUGCCCCGUUUCUCGCCAUACCUGCAGCCAUGAUCCACGCCUGUCAGUCAGAGGACGGCACAUGUGUAGAGCGAAUCAAGUUUGUAUUUUGUGGCAUCAAGCAAGACCCCUAUAGCCCGCCAGAAGAGUACGGCUACCGCCACCCCGACCCCAGCGCCCCACCCUAUGGAGGAAUAGACCAUCCCACAUACACAUACAUGGACCAAGAUGGCUACCCGAUGGAGGAUUUAUCAUGUUACAAGUCAGACUGAGAUCUUGUGACAAAAAGAUUAACUGGUGAACAUUUUGUGAAAUAUGUGGGUACCUUUAGAGAUCAUUUAGUGGAAAUAGUUUAAAUCUUUGUUAUUGUUUGUUAUAUGGUUCAUAUAUGUGGGCUGUGACCAUCCCUGGUACAGAUAUGUGAACAAACAAUAUAUAUCCUAUGGUGAAAUGUUUGUAUUACAAACCUCAUUGUUUGAAAAUGUGGGUAAUUUGUGAAAAGAAGAGGAUUGUGUUGAUUUAUUCAGAUUUGUCAGUAUUUGGAAAAUACUCAUUCUAUAUAAUCAUGUAUGGAUCAGGACAGAUAUCUUAUGGAGGACUUACCAUGUUACAAGUCAGACAGAUGAAAUGCAGGUUAGCUCCUUAGUUAUUAAGGAUAUGUGCAAUUUAUGCCUGAUGAAAAUGGAUUUAUGAUGAUUUCUCAGUUUUUGUUUAUGUGAUGACAUGUAGAGGUCUUUCUACAGACACAUAUAUGAGCUCAAGAUGACAGUUUCUCUAUUUCCUGCAAAGCAAGUCCCAUGUGGAUAAACAGUGUAAUAUGUCCCGGAUCAGUGAUUCAGUGUGGACCUCUCACAUAUCUGCUCAGGACCCAUGGUAGUGAAACAUGGGGAUCCUGAGUGAUGCAUCCAAACUUGAAGGUGAACCAGUGCCAAGAGUACAUAUAUUAAUAUUAAUUUUUGUUAAAAGUUUUGUGACAGGAAUAGGAGAGUCAGUUAAAAUCAAGCAUGUGUUAUAUACAGUAUAUAAAUGUACAUGGUGUGUGGAAAAGAUGAGUCAUCUAAAGCAGGACUUACUUUACUGUAAUUCUGACUAUAUUCAUAUUAUUAGCUUGCAUUUGUAUGUGAAACAAUGAACAAGGGUUUAUUUAGGGUGUGAAGUGUCAAGUUUCUUUAGUUAAAUAAUAAUUUUUUUCAGGUUUCAGGUUUAAAAUAUUGCAGUAUGUUUUUAUCUGAACAAUUUGUGGCUAAAGUUUUACACCCAUUCCCAUUGUUAACUAUUAUUGUGUACUUUCUGCAAUAAAAGUCGGAAUUAAUAUUUUUUAUGUGGAUAUACUGGUUUAUUCGGCAAAUACUAUUUGGACAACUUAUAAUAUAUGUUUGUUCAUGGUACUGACAGCAACUGUUUAUAAAAUACUGCAAUUUGUUACUCCAGAUAUAUAUUAAUGAAUAUGCAAGUUGUAAAAACGCUGGUAUCAGAUACCUUCAUUCUAUAUUCACUCAUAUAGCUAGGACAUGCAAUAGUAGAUAUAUAUCUCUGGCCUGUCACAAAACUUUUGUAACUCGAUAUAGAAAUAGAAGACGUGACAACAGACGGACACUAAGCCCGCGAGUUGUGUAAGGGAUUGGAUUAUAAAUAAGUCUAGUCAGUUAUUCUAAAAUUCCAAAACCAGAUGGUAGAAUAUUUCCUUUGUCAGAUAUUGAUGUUGAUGUUAGUAUAGUUAUGUAAAUGUAUUUCAAGCGCUCAGUGCAACACUGGCUCAACUCCUUUUUAUGGAGUUACUUCCGUCUGGCGCUGAACCCUUGAAUUUCAAUGAAUCUGUUCCUAGUGGAUUUCUCAACCAGGGGUCGUUUCAAGAUCGUUGCUGAUUUUAGUCCUAAAUUAAAUUAUAUUAUUGUCAUAUUACCGUUAUUUAGAUACAUAUUUGUGUUUAUUAUAUGCCUAUCAAAUUCCUUUUCCAUAUCCAACAGUGAAAAUACAACCCACUGUUUUGAAAAAUCCGUAUCUUGAUACUGUCAUUUUCUGAUCCCGUAUCAUGCGAGUACUGUGUGUUAUGUCGGAACUACUUUCGCGUUGCUAAAAAUAGCGUGACAAAAAAAACCUGGUAAAACCUGUCAACUUUUAAAUACAUUAAAUUAUCUAACUUUACUCACGCUCCUCAAGCAUGUUAACAUUCAGGAACAUGGUUCUCAUGUUCUUCAAAGAACCAUGAGGAAAAGCACAAAGUAGAGAACACUUCCAAUCUAUCUAGACAGCUACUUCAGUGAACUAGUUGUUUGCCAUUUCGAAGUUCAUAAAGAGUUGCAUUAAAUCCAUGUUUAUUAUUAUAAAAUAUAAGCAGCUCGCCAAUACAAAGAAGAAGGCGAAUUCGCGUCAUCGAUAGAAAUAGUGUUUGACUCACAAACUUCCCUCAAUUCUGCAUAUUAUGAUCGUCAAAAAAUCCCACAAAUGUUUACUUUGUUAAAAAUGGCCGCGUUACAUCUACAGGAAAUAACGAUUAGUGUAUACUUGUUGAACAAGUACUGUUUUUUUUGUUGUAGUUUUUUGUGCUAUGACAUUUAAUAAUUGUUUUCGUAAUAGCAAUUUGUUAAUUUUGCUAAAACAUAAAAUAUUGUUUUCUUACUUUGCUCAAUAAAGUGAAUAUGUAACUUCUGACUUCAUUUCGCUGUAGUAGCCUCCCUUGACUUCCCUUGACUUCCUUACACAAAACUACAUAACAUAUUCCAAUUCAUACGCACAUUUGACAGAUGGCGGAAAAUUUAAAUCAAAUAUAAACCGAAAAAUAGAUAGGAAUAAUGAAAUAUGCAGGUAUAUAAUAAAUGGAAUAUAACCAUAAAACGCUUUUCUGGUGACCUGCAUCACGUCUCGUUCGAUGAGUAAACAGGUAUCUGUCGAGACCUGCGGUCUUGACGGAUACGUGUUUACACACCGAACUCGACGUGAUACAGGUCACCAGAAAAGUGUCCUAUCAUAAUAUCCCCUAUGAAUGUUUACCAGUUUCAAACAUGAACACAAAGUGGAGUAAAUAAAUACAACAACAGUAUAUUGCCACAUGUGAGGUUUAUAUGGACUUAAGAUUAUUGAAGUUAUGAACAAAAUAGUUCCUUGAAACGAUCCCUGUGUCAAGCAGAUAAAAUGAAAACUUUGAUGGACGAAAAUGUUCUAAGUAAUAUUAAAUAAGGAAACAGAUAGAACGUUUCUGCUCUCACCUCUAGUUUUAUAAGUUUGUUCAUAUUGUGUUGACAAUUGUUAUAGUUUGGUGUGUAUUUUUAAAAAUUGAAAUGUUGCCAUAGUAAUCAUGUUGAGAUUUUUGUUCUUUUAUCAGUUUUAUGUGUGUAGCUUUUUUGAAAUACAUGUACAGGAGUGAUCUAUUUUUUAUGUGUAUUAACUUUUGCUCUUAAUUAAAAGAGCACGAUUAAAGGUUGUAUUGUAUUUGUUAUAUAAUAUUAUGAAUUUCAACAAGUAUAAAUCGGUCCAGGGUUUUUCCCUAGUCUGUGAAAGGGGCCAGGGCCCUUUGAAUGGUGAAUAUUGCGAGUUUUGUGAAAAACCAGAUUAUUAAUAUUAUUAUUAUGCCCCCCUUCGAAGAAGAGGGGUAUAUUGCUUUGCACAGGCAUGUCGGUAUGUCGGUCGGUCGGUCCGUCGGUAGAUUAAAGCUUGUCCGAGUGAUAACUCAACAAUUCCUAGACGUAUGGUCAUCAAACUUCACAUGAAGGUUGGGCCUGACCAGUAGAUGACCCCUAUUGAUUUUUGGGGUCAUCGGGUCAAAUGUCAAGGUCACAGUGACCUUUAAUGGUAAACUAAGUUUAAAGCUUGUCCGAGUGAUAACUCAACAAUGCCUGCACCCAUGGCCCUCAAACUUGACAUGGAGGUUGGGCCUGAUCAGGAGAUGACCCCUAUUGUUUUUGGGGGUCAUCAGACCAAAGGUCAAGGUCACAGUGACCUUGAAUGGUAAAAGGUUGUCCGAGUGAUAACGUGACAAUGCCUGCACCCAUGGCCCUCAAACUUGACUUGGAGGUUGGGCCUGACCAGUAGAUGACCCCUAUUGUUUUUGGGGGUCAUUGGGCCAAAGGUCAAGGUCACAGUGACCUUGAAUGGUAAAAGGUUGUCCGAUUGAUAACUCAACAAUGCCUGCACCCAUGGCCCUCAAACUUGACUUGGAGAAUUGGCCUGACCAGGAGAUGACCCCUAUGGUUUUUGGGGGUCAUCUGGCCAAAGGUCAAGGUCACAGUGACCUGGAAUGGUAAAAGGUUGUCCGAGUGAUAACUCGACAAUGCCUGCACCCAUGGCCCUCAAACUUGACUUGGAGAUAGGGCCUGGCCAGAAGAUGGUCCCUAUUGAUUUAAGGGGUCAUUGGGCCAAAGGUCAAGGUCACAGUGACCUGGAAUGGUAAAAGGUUAUCCAAGUGAUAACUUGACAAUGGCUGCACCCAUGGCCCCGAAACUUGAUUUGGAGGUUGAGCCCGGCCAGAAGAUUGUCCCUAUUAAUUUUAGGGUUCAUUGGGCCAAAGGUCAAGGUCACAGUGACCUUGAAUGAUAAAAGGGUGUCCAAGUGAUAACUCAACAAUGCCUGCACCCAUGGCCCUCAAACUUGACAUGGAUGUUGGGCCUGACCAGUGGAUGACCCCUAUUGAUUUUAGGGGUCAAAGGUCAAGGUCACAGUGACCUUGAAAGCAAACUCGACAAUUCUUGGACCUAUGGUCAUCAAACUUGACAUGAAGGUUGGGCCUGCCCAGUAGAUGACCCCAAUCGACUUUGGGGGUCAUCAGGCCAAGGUCAAUGUCACAGUAACCUUUAACGCAAAAGAGUUAACAAAUCUUCCCCCACUGAUAUCUCAACAAUGCCUGAACCCAUGGCCUUCAAACUUAACUUGGAGUUGCAUCUGACUUGUAGAUGACCCCUUAUGAUUUAAGUGGUCAUCGGGUCAAAGGUCAAGGUCACAGUGACCUUGAACGAAAAAAACUUGUCUUGUGAUAACUUGACAAUGCCUGCACCCAUGGCCCUCAAACUUGAUAUUUAGGUUUCUGGUGACCAGCUGAUGACUGGAUUUUGAGUUCAUAGAGUCAAAGGUCAUGACGGUCAUAACACACUUUAUCCUCACACUUUAAUGGUCAUAAUCUUAAAACAGCAACAAAUCAGCUGUCAUUUCGGUCCAUGCAUAUUUCAUUCAAUUGUCCAUAUAAUCCUGACAACAUGGCGCUCAGGGGGGGGCAUAAUGUUUGACAAACAUCUCUUGUUUAAUAAUUGAAAUGGGGCUACUAUUAUUCCUGAAUUAAUUUGAACCUUAAUACAUGUGUAGGAAAUAAUUCUAAACAGUCCAUCAAUAAAAGAUGUGUAACAUAAGAUUUUAGAAUUGUGUACUUUCUUAAGUUUGUUUUCUUUCAAUGUCAUUUUUGCCCAUCGGGGUCUUACUGUAAGUUUUUAGUCAUCAUUAAAUAUGACAUCGUUGUUUCCUAUGACUAAAUAUAGAAUGUCGACACUCAUGGUGUAUUAGGCCCAUGGUAUAUUUAAUGUAAUUUCGAUCCUUUUUAUGAAUUACGUCUUUGAUAUGAUGACAAGAAAUGAUGGUUCAAAAAAAUCAAAAGACUGAUUUCUGCUAAUUGCUGUUGACUUUACUUGUUGAAAUGGUAGACAUUGUAAUGCUCUCAUGAACUUGAAUAUACUUACAUGCACACAUUUUAUAUUGCACGUUUUCUUGUUCUUUUAAUCAAACAUUUUGUUAUAGUGCAACCGAUCAAAUGCCAACUAACAUAAUAUUUCAAUUUAGUCUGAUAGAGGAAUUAAAAAGAGCUUAACCAUUCAAUAAAAGAAAAUCAUCAGGUAUAAGAAAUUAUUUGUGUAUUUGAAUUAGUGCUGCACAAAAUACUGAAUGCUAGUAUGAUCAAUAACACAUGUGGUAAAAUGAUGUAAAAAAUGAGUAAAAAUUAUGUCCUUGACAAAAUAUGAAUUUCAAGAUCUUUCUGGAAUCAGCUGGAAAUGGACUUGGAAAAAACUGUCGAAUAUAUUUAGAUAAAUAGUAUUGAGGCAAUAACGUAAUAUCAUAUUCUGUGGAGCAAACUGAGUACUAUAUAAUAUUCGGUAAUGUUUAUUUUUUAACAAGCCUCUCUAUGAAUAUUUUUUAACAAGCCUCUCUAUGAACUUUGCACAGGUAUGAUAUGUUUUAUACGUUUAAUGUAAUAUAUUGAGUUAAGUGAAGUUAAUCAGCAUUCUUGUUAAAUGUAGCAGACAAUUGAACUUUCACAGUUGAGUAGACAGCAAUAAAUUAUUGUUCUUUAAAAGUUGAGUAGAAAAUUGGUCUUUUAAAAUUGAGUUAUACAUUGUUUUUUUAAAGUUGAGUAAACAAUUACUCUUUUUAAAGUUGGGUGAGCAAUUGUUCUUAUAAAGUUUUUUUUUUAAAGUUGAUUAAACAAUAUUUCUUUUAAAGUUGAGUAAACAAUUGUUCUUUUACAGUUAGCUGAAACUAUGUUCUUUUUAAGUUGAGUAAAAAAUUGUUCUUUUAAAGUUGAGUAAACAAGCAUGCUUUUAAAAUUCAAUUCUUCUUGAAUAAUAAUGUUGAAGUGAGAAUAAUAUUUCGAUUUUUCUCUAACGCUUAGUUUGUUUUCCCUUGUGAAGAUUUUGAAAUUGGAACAAAUGAAAAGAUUCAAGAGUGUCAGUAAAUAAAUACUUAUUUUGAAUUAUCACUAUUUCUGUAAUUGUACAUGAUAAAUGAUCAAAUUGUUUUGUUCUGUUUAUUUUAUGCUGUUCCUUAAGGAUCAUUUUAUGUUUCAUGAUUUAUCUUAUUCAUUUGAAAUGACUUACCAGUAGUGUUUGCUUGCUUCAGUUGCUUCACCGACAGUCUUUCAGUGCUUUCAGCGCUUUGAUUACAAUUUGUGUUCUAGGCUAAUGUCUCAAUAUCAGCAUUCCAAAAGCUUUAAAUAAUAAUAAAUUAUUUAGUUAUGAAAGUUCUUUUAUUUUUCAUUGUUUUUCUAAGAUGCAUGCAUAAUUUUUUUGAUUUUUGAAGUUUAUUUUUUAAAUUAUUUGUUUGAAAAGGACUACAAGGCAUUUCAUAUUACAUUUUUGUCAGCGAAAAUGAGUCAUAAUGAGGUAUGUUUUGUAAAUACUCUCUAUUGUAAGUUAUAGAGGAUAUUGUUUAUUUCAGUUUAAGAUCGUAUUUUAUUUCACGAGUGUCAAAGAAAAACAUAUUUUUACGAGUGGCUUCGCCACGAGUGAAAAAUAGUUUUUCUGUGAACACAAGUUGAAUAAAAUACGAUUUUACAAUGAAAUAAAAACAAUCUGCUUCUUUUAUCCUUUUUUUCCAAAUUUUAUAGAAUUUUAAUUUAUUUUCUUAAUUACCCCCUUUUUGCAAAGAUUUUACGCCGCUACCCCUUGGGUUGCCCCUUAUACAAAAUUAUAGCUGUCAAUUUUCUUUUUCCGGUUUGUUGAGAAAGAGUUCUCUGAUAUUCUGUUUUAUAGUUUAUUGUUUGCUCUUUUUCAAGUGCAACGAUUUUAUGAAUUUUAUGAAUGAAGUUUUAAAAGUGCAUCCAUAUCACAAAAAAAACGAUAACAAUUUUAUUUUUAGCGUGGUAUGAAUACAUUACCAAAUAACUACGCCGCCUUUAUUGAAUAAAAAUUUGAAGGUCGAAUGUGUUGGCAAAAAAUUGCUGAUAAUCAUUGGACUUAAAACAUUUUUCGUAGUUUAAGAGUGUGUUUCAUGAUACAUGGGUAUUCAGCCAUCUUACUGUCAGAGACCAUUCUGUUUUGCUUGAAGACAGGUUUCCAGCUACUGAUGAGGACCACGCUAGUUUGUUGUCAAAUUUUGAGGCGUAGGUGGGGUAAAAAGAAUAAGUAAAUCUGUAAAUUGGUGUGUGAAUUUUCCGGGAAAUUCGUAUACAACGACAAACACAAUUCAAAAUACAUUUUAACAAUGAUAUAACAUUAAUGUUUGAACAGUUGUUUUCGUCUGUAAUUUGUUUGGUAUGAAAGCAAACGUUCGAAUAUUCAGAUUCAAGAUGAAGAAAACAUUUUUAAAAAAAACGGAAUAACCAUUUUCCUAGUUGUUAAUUUCCCAAUAUAUCCUAAUUUAAACUUAUAACAUGUAACAUUUCUUUAAAUUUAGAAUAUUAUAUUUGCAAACAUUUUCUGUUUCAAAGGAGAAGUGUUCUGUUUUAAUCAAGGGGAAGUAACUACAAUGGAUUUUAAAAGUACUUCUGAAAGUUGGUAUUUUCACUCCUUAUUUUUCAGUGAAAAUAUCAAAUUGAUAUUUUCACUGUUGUGAUUUCAACGAUAAAACUCCAUAUUUUAUCGAAAAACAUGAAAGAAAAUUCAUUAUUUUAAAAAAAAGAAUCUUUUUAAAUCAUAUCAAGUUGUUGGAUUUUAUGCUUUAAACGAUGAAGUGAAAACAUUAACAGGACUCAUUUUCGCAAUUGACGUCAUAUAUUUCUACCAUUUAUUUUGAGUAUUUUUGUUUUAAAAUAUUUCUAUGUGGACACCAUUUAUGGCAUAAAGGCACUUUCUUACACAUUAUAGAGUCACACUUUGCGAAAUCGUUCGGAAGGCGGGUUGUUGCAAAACGCAUGUAACAUGAAGUCAUUACCAAUGAAGUUAACAAACGGGAGAAUUUAAAAUGUUCAUAAAUUGUUUCACGAAUGGCUUUCCAUUAUUCAUAACUCUUUUUUUCUGGUUGUAUUCAGAAUUUUAUAUAUUUUUGAUGUUCAAAUUAUGUUUUUAUUUCAUAUCUUAGUAAAAUAAGUUUAUGCUAUGAACUUUGUGUUUUUGAUUUUGUCUGUCAAUUAAGUUGGUCCAACCCGAGCGCCACUUUGAACACAAAAUUUACAUAUAUGUGGGCCACAUACCUUUAUGAUACCGCCUGUCGCCAACAAGUUUACAAAAUGAAAAUAUGUGUGGCUCACAUACGUUAGAUGCUGACAUCGAAAUGUUUUUUUGUUUUAAUGUGUUAAUCACUGGUAAGGCUAAAACAAACUGCGUUCACUUCACCUAUAAUGAUUGUAAGAUAUAAGCUAUUGGCUGGUUUUGGAUGUUUGUUGAUUUGUACUUUUUAAAGAUUAAGAUAUUGUUUUCUUUGUGUAUGCUACAUGUACAUAACUUUAUGUAUUGCCCAUUUACCCAUUUUGCAUGUUUCAUUUAAUAAAAUCUAGUCUGAA